UCGACUUUAUUUUGCUUUGGAAAUGAUACCGGUGUAAUAGUGUUACAAUAACGUGUUCCUCGACAUUAUUCAUAAACAAUAAUUGGUAUAUUUCAAGUAAUCAAAAAAGUUAAACUGUAAAGAAUCAAACUUUGAAUUGGGAUAACAAAAUGUAUUUACUGAGACGCAUUAAAACGUUGAUCACUGAAUCUUCCCAGAGAAGAGAUUACAAAACUGCUGUGAUAAGUAGUAAUAAUAACGAACUUUCUACCACUUUUGAUCCUCAAAAACCGCCGCCUGAAAUUAGUGAGCGUGAGAAGGAGAUUCUUACAGAAUGCUGGAAAAUAGUUCAACAGGAUGUUGCAAAAGUCGGAAUAAUAACGUUUGUAGGUCUAUUUGAGACCCAUCCGGAAGUUCACGAGGCUUUCAUGUCAUUCCGAGCAGAAAACACGUCCGAACUCGAAUACAACGCAAUUCUUCGUGCGCAUGCGCUAAGAGUAAUGGGAACAGUGGACAAGUGUAUUUAUAGACUCGACAACAGGGAAAAGUUACGCGAUCUGAUGACUGAAUUGGGAAUUCGCCACAAGAAUUAUUCCGUGAAAAUAGAAUUUAUCGACUUGAUGGGUCCCCAAUUCAUCAGCUCAAUCAAGCCUCAUCUGGUAGCAAUGUGGACAGACGAACACGAAAAGGCCUGGGAGAAUUUGUUCAAGCUCAUGAGUUACUACAUUAGGAAGGGAAUGUGUAGUAUUUGAUUAAAAUGCUACGGUAGAAAGUAAUGGGCAGUGUUUUGACACUUUUGACCUUGGGUCGAUACACUUGUGUAUAGGUAUCUAGAUGCUGACGAAUUAUUUCAGAACUGUUAAUCUAACAGGUCUAUAACAAGGCUGUAUAAAUUGCAUUAUAAUUGCAAGCAUUUGAAAAACAAUAAAUAGUGAUAAAAGAAAGUAAUGCAUAAACAGCUCCGUCCACAACCCGUUUUGUUUAACUGCGAGGAACUUAAUACUACAAGAUGAGACAAAUGUUCAUUGUAAUGUUGUAUACAUGUAUAUAUAUAUAUAUAUUAACACAGACUAUACUAAUUAUGAAAUUGAAAAUGAUCCUUUUCACGGCCACUUUUAAAAUUUUAAAUAUUAUUUUAUAAUGAUAUAUACAUUAUUUACAUUAUUUACAUAAAAAAAUGUAUUCUCAGCCGGGAGGAACGAUAUAAAGAUAUAAAGAUAAUACGCAACAUCUGGUGAAUUAUUGAAACAGCAUAGAAACAAACACCACGAUGCCUUCCUCCCCGUAAAUGUGAGGGGUUUAAUGAUAGAAAAUGAAAAUAUAAAAAGGGUGAAUGCUUGACUAAUCAAAUUUUACUCAUUAGCAAGAGUGUGCCUAUGUUUGCCUUGUUAUUCACAAUACAACAGAUUAAAGAGCAAUAUUUUCUUAAUUAAAAUGAUCAAAAUUAAAAUAAUUGAUUUCAAACCAUUCUAGAUGAAACACCUAUAAAUGUUCUUAAAUCCGUGAUAUUUUCUCAUAUUUACACCAAACCAGCAACAUAUAUAACUCAAUUCAUUUCAAUGAAAUACCAUUUUUAAUAAAUACACAAGCAUCUGUCUGUACGUACACAUAAAGUUAACAUUAAGUCUUGAAAAAUAUUUAAUUUCAAAACUUUUUUUUCCUUCAUUGUCUUUAUGGUCAGCAACUCUCUUCUAUUUCUAUAUUGUCAGCGAAUUCGUCAGCACUUUACUACGUGCCUGUCAAAAUGGCGCGCGUUUGUUAUUCCCACGUGGGCUAUCACGUGAUGUUUUAAGCGGGGAAACUGUGCGAUCACUGUGAUCAAUGAGAUCAUUGUGUCACGUGAUGGAAUGAUGCGCUUAGAGUGGAUAGUAAUUCUUUGUUAACGUUUCGAUGUUCAUUCAUUUUUGGGCGCAGGGAUACUACUUUAAUAUUAUCUUUAUUUAAGUUCAAGAAAUUAAAUUAUUAAAAUAGAUAUUACGUUAUAAAUGCUUCUUGCUUUGUCAAAUAUAGCUCGGUUAUUGGAAACAUAGCUUGCAAUUUAUAUAGUCCGCACUAUCUCAAACUUUCUAGCACACCGGAUAGGCAUUUCCGGUGAUUUCAGCCGUGCUGGAAAACUCCAUCUGGCAUCCCCCCAUGCCAGAUGAGUCACGCGCUGUGACGUAAUACUUUAAAUUUCUUUUAUUAAACAUUUAAUGUAACCAUAGUUAUGAGAUUUCAAUAGAUGAGUUCCAUUGACAUUAACUUUACAAUAAUAUUCCUUAAAAACAAAACAAAAUAACCCUUAAAAGACGUGAUAGCGAAGGAACUUAUUGACGUAUGCAGUGAAUACAAAUUAAUGCGCGUCAUGACGUCAGUAAACAUCAUCGCACGCGCGUUUUGGUGAAAUGUACAAAAACGCGCUUUCUUAUGUAUAUUCUUCACAAAAAAUGUAAUUUAAGGUUUGCUUGAAAAAAUAUCUAUCAUGUGUGUCCGUUCCGGAUAAAAAAAUCCGACCCUCGGGCACGCUGCGUAGCUGGUUACUCGGCAAGCCUCGUUAACUGGCAACGCAGGUGCCCCCGGGUCAUAUUUUUCUAUCCGGAACGAGAACAAAUGACAAAUAUUAUUAAUAUGUUUUUGUGGUAAAGAAGCAGACGUCACUUGUUACUAUUAAUAGGCAUUUUAUGUUGUGAGUUUCGAGUUUGUGGCUACACUGAACAGGGUUGAAAACAGCUCUGAUGUUCGUAUGUGCAAAUGUACAUUUGUAAUAUCUUGAUUUUUUGUUUGAAAGUGUUCAAGACCAGAACUCUUUGGUGAUUUUUAUUACUCAUUAUUUGACCAAUUUCAUGAUUUAAAUAAUCGGUGUAUGCGUAUCACAUGACUCGAUAUAUGUUUUCUUCUUGUGAAGGAGGGAAUCAAACUAAAUACAACAUUCAAUAGUUAUAAGAGAAUUAGUUGUUAUAAUUUAUUGUAGAGUUGGAACCAAAUAAAUGUGUGAACUGUUGCUUUAAUCAAUACGGCAUGGUUUCAGAUUAACAGUAGAAAAGCCGCUGAUAGUGACGUCGCAUAUCGUAGGUUAAUUAACGUUGCGCUUAAUCAAAGCGAGUUCAAAAGACUAGGUAAUGAUUGAUAUAGGAAAAUGAAUUAAUGGGCGACAUUUUUUUGUUCGAGAUUGGUUGCCUUUGAUUAAACAAAUUGUGUUUUCCUUUCUAGUUUCUUUAAUAAUUGAACUGGUAACUGAAACCACACACAAACAAGUGUAACCGAAUAACCGAGUUACGUUAAUUGCAAACACUGAACAUUUAUAUUUGUAAAAAAUGGUUGUAUUUUUGUUCCAUGCUGUUUUAAUGAGAACCUUGAAUUAUAUUUACUGAGAAGACUUUUAUUAAUGAAAUGUUUUCUCGCCUCGGUGUAUGACGUAAGGUAUCGUUUUCAUUGUACAUUCUGUUUAAUAUUGUUAUCAUUAUCCUUUAAAUGUCAUGCUGCAUUUAGAAGAAAACAGGUUCAUUGUACUGAGCAAAAUACAUAAACGUAGAGAAACUGUCAUGGAAAAUAUGAUUGUUUUUAAUAAAACCC